AUGACGACUCUUGCCGGCAACCCUCUUAGCGAGGCCAUCGGAUACUCCUUCUCCAAUGCGAACAGUGCUCCCCACCGAGAGCACUCUUUCUAUCCUUAUACGGAUAACGGCGGCUCUACCUUAGGCAUUACUGGCUCCGAUUUCGCGAUCCUGGCUGGAGAUACUCGAUCCGUUGCAGGAUACAACAUUAACUCUCGUUAUGUUCCCAAGGUGUUCAAAAUUGGCGGUGAUGACGAGUCUGGCGAAGGUGCCAACAUCGUCUUGUCAGUCGUGGGCUUCGCAGCAGAUGGCCAGGCCCUCAAAGAGCGACUAGAUGCAGUGGUGAAGAUGUACAAAUACCAACACGGAAAGCCCAUGUCCGUGAGAGCCUGUGCCCAACGCUUGUCAACAAUUCUUUACCAGAAACGGUUCUUUCCCUACUAUGUGCAUGCUAUUUUAGCGGGCUUGGACGAGGAUGGUAAGGGUGCCUUGUACAGCUACGAUCCGGUUGGCUCGUACGAGAGAGAGCAAUGCAGGGCUGCAGGGUCUGCAGCAAGUCUGAUCAUGCCGUUCCUGGACAACCAGGUCAACUUCAAAAACCAAUAUAUUCCGGGUAGCGGGGAAGGGCAUGCCCUUGAGCCCAAGAAAGCGGAACCGCUACCAAGAGAUACUGUUGAGCAGCUGGUGCGAGAUGCAUUCACUAGCGCCGUCGAAAGACAUAUUGAGGUCGGAGAUGGCUUGCAGAUGAUGGUUAUUACCAGGAGUGGAGUGGAGGAGAUUUAUUAUCCGUUGAAGAAGGAUUAG